UUUUCUUUGCAUAGUUUUGGAGCAGAAGUUUAUUUGUUUGCCCUCUAGGGAUGGAGCACCCAUCCACAUAGCUCUUCCCCAGACGGAUGAUUCUUAAACAGAAACCAGUCAAGAACUCCUCUGAAUUGUUGGCAGCUCUGAUGAAGAGCAGCUGCAACAGCCUCAUUCUGAAACCGCUGGACAGGAGCCGAGAGCAGGUUACACAUAUCCAAAUAUGCGCGUAAUUGGAGCGCACUGGCGAGGCGUCCCUUGCAUCCCCACCGGGAUAACGCUGUCGUGAUGUUCAAUACUUCGGGAAUUGAGUUCACUUUUCACAAGAAAGAGGAUAUUUCCGAAGUUAUCAAUGGCACCCUGGAGCUUUUCUACAACGUCCUCGUCACCAUCGGUCCCACCACCAUGUGGAACGAGUCGUGCGGGGAGCAGCUGCUGGACUUCGGGCGCCCCGAGAAGAUCAUCAUCGGGGUGAUGCUGGCGAUCAUCACGGCGGUCACCGUGAUGGGGAACACGCUCGUAGUGAUCGCGGUGUGUGUGGUGAAGAAGCUGAGGCAGCCGUCGAACUACCUACUGGUGUCCCUGGCAGUGGCGGACCUGUCCGUGGCCAUAGUGGUGAUGCCGUUCGUAAUAGUGACGGACCUCACCGGGGGCAAGUGGCUUUUUGGGGAGGUGUUCUGCAACAUCUUCAUCGGCAUGGAUGUAAUGUGCUGCACUGCCUCCAUCAUGACCCUGUGUGUGAUCAGCGUGGACAGGUAUCUGGGGAUUACACGGCCUCUCACCUACCCAGCCCGGCAGAAUGGUCAGCUCAUGGCAAAGAUGAUCCUGGGAGUGUGGCUGGUAUCGGCAUCCAUCACCCUGCCCCCUUUCUGCGGCUGGGCCAAAAACGUCCACACAGCCGGCGUGUGCCUCAUUAGCCAAGACUUUGGCUACACCAUCUAUUCCACAGCAGUAGCCUUUUAUAUUCCUAUGCUGGUCAUGCUGGUCAUGUACUACAAGAUCUUCAGGGCAGCUCGCAAGAGCGGCGCCAAGCACCGUUUCACCGACCUUUCGCGGCGCGAACGCCUUGAAACAGUGGCUAAUGAGGCGCUGCGCAUGCAGGGCCUGAAGCCACCUGGAGUGGCGGAGGAGUGUGCUGCCUUGUCCCGCCUGCUGAACCGCGAGCGCAGAAACAUAUCCAUCUUUAAGAGAGAGCAGAAAGCUGCCACAACACUGGGGGUAAUCGUGGGGGUGUUCGCUGUGUGUUGGCUGCCAUUCUUCAUCCUGUCUACUGCCAGGCCCUUUAUCUGUGGAGUGGAGUGUAGCUGCGUGCCCAUCUGGCUGGAGCGCACGCUGCUCUGGUUAGGCUACGCUAACUCCCUAAUGAACCCCUUCAUCUACGCCUUCUUCAAUCGAGACCUGCGCUCCACUUAUCGUGACCUUCUCCGCUGUCGUUAUCGCAACAUCAACCGUCGACUAUCUGCUGUGGGCGUACACGAGGCACUGAAGGUGUAAAGCAGGGUAUUUCAGCAGCCUAUCUUGAGUGGGGCAUGGUGGUCCGGUGCUUGUACAUGUGGUGCUUAGAGAGCGACGUGUUCACAGCAGGCCUGUAGAUAAGACGCACACUGACAGAAUGAGAGUCAAUGUUGAUGAAUUCCUGGCCCUUCCACGAAGACAGACAGACACAACAAUCACUCCAGCGUGUGUGUGACUUACUCAUCCUACUUUGGAGCAGAAAAUCACAGAGCGUACUUGAUGGGCUACACAAGUCGACACUGCUAUUGUGCAUAUACCACAGUUCUGUCCUGGAUUUAUAGUGGGAUAAUGUAGUUGAAAGGAAACGACAUGUAAACACGAUCAAUCAUCCUAGGGCUUUCUAAAAGAACAGAAAGCAAAUAGAUUUCUGUAUAAUAGCAAAAUUGGUGUUUGAUAAGUAAAAACCAUGUUUGUGCACAAUAACUUCUGAGCAUCUCGAUCACACAUCCCAGUUUUAGUUCAAACACGUUGAUGUGUAUUGCGAUUUUUUGCCAGCAUAUUAUUUAAUAUUACUUCAUCUCCAGUCAUGGCAUUUGGUUUCUCUAAAGCUAACAGGGGCACUCGUUUCACAAAUGUUUAAAUUGUGGUGAUGCCAGACGAGUGGAGGUGGGUGGAAAAUGGUGUUGGAACGCAACAUGAGAGGGUGGUUUUCCAUUCAUGAAAUAUUUGUGUUUGUCGCUAUAAAAAGAAAAUGAAAGUAGUUUGUUAAGUGUCUGCAUGAAUCAAAUUUGUCGUACAUGACACUGUAUACAUAAAUCAUAAGACAUUCUGAAUAAUGAUUGACAGCAGAGCAGAAAUGUUUUAAAUGUUUCACCCAAAUUGCAAAGUCCACAUUAUAAUAUGAAGUCAGUGUGUGUGUGUUUUAAAAAAGCAUGUGGACUUUUUUCACUAGAUCUGUCUCACUCCACGUUUGGCUACUGACCUUCUUAGUCGAUGCAACGAACGACACCUGUUGAACUCUGCAGUUUGACUUUAUAAAUUGACAUGUUCCUUAGACUCUCUCAUGACUGGUUGUUACAGUGUUUCUAUUUUUUCCCUUUCGAUUUAGAAUGUGGUCACUUCCCUCCUGGCUACACUCCCAUUUGAACUCUAGUGACCUGUAAGAAUCUGUGUCAAAUGUCGUCAGUCGAGCAGUGUGUUGCUUUUUCUACCUCGAUUUUUUGAGCGAACUGUACGUUGAAUCCAGACAGAUGUACCGGUGUCUUCACCAUUUUGUAAUUAAUUGUAAUUUUGUAUUGUGUAAAAUUGAUCUGCCUAUACGAUUACUCUGUGU